AUGCCAUUAGGAUUCAUUCCAAGACCACGGAUGCGCAUUCCUGGAAAGGGCUUUGUCCGUCGACGAUGGAACCGCCGACGGCUGCACACCGACGACCGCCCCCGCGAGCCGUUAUACCGACGGCUCGCAAACGCAUGGUACGACACACCGACAAAGUGGUAUCCGCUGCACAUUGGCGUAGGCUCUUUGCUGCUCGUCUCUCUUCACUGGAGAAAACGACGCCAACAGGCCCUCGAGGAUGCAGAGGCCGGCGACGACAAUGCCCCUGUGCGGCUCAAAGGCCCAUGGCAGGUGCAUGCACUUGGCAUUCUUCCUUUGAGGAGUGCCUCUCGACUGUGGGGCUAUCUCAACAGCCUCGAGCUACCUGUCUGGUUCCGGCCGUUUGGGUUUAGCUUCUACGCGUGGAUCUUUGGUUGCAAUCUCGACGAACUCGACGAACCCGACCUCAAGAAGUACAAAUCCCUGGGCGACUUUUUCUAUCGCAAACUCCGGCCCGAUGCUCGACCCAUCGCUCCCUCGUUACUCGUAUCACCGGCAGACGGCACAGUCCUUCAUUUCGGAUCCAUUCAGGACCAUAGGAGGGUCGAACAAGUCAAAGGCAUGACAUAUUCACUAGACGCCUUGCUAGGAGUCGCUUCAGGGUCGUCCACGCCAACCUCGGAAGAGAUUCACUUUGGGAAUCGUGACCAUGCUCAUGUGGACGACACCGAAUUUGCCAAUGUCAAUGGUAUUGAAUAUUCAGUGGACACGUUGUUAGGCCACCCGGCUCAGCGACAGCAAAGUCUACCCACUUCGGAGACCAAGGACGCAUCUGUGGAAAAGGAUGCUGCUCUUGAAGCGGGUAUCAACAUGACAGACAAUGUCAAUGUUGCGCUCGACGCAGGCAUCCGACCCCUCCUCCACCGAACACCCUCCCAGUCCGCAGUCAACAAGGUCAAAGAUGGCAACGAACUCUUCUUCGCGGUCAUCUAUCUAGCUCCAGGAGAUUAUCACCGCUUCCACAGCCCCGCAGCAUGGGUAGUCGAGAAGAGGCGACAUUUUGCUGGCGAACUAUACAGCGUGUCCCCGUAUAUUGCACGGCGCCUUGCCAAUCUCUUCGUGCUCAACGAACGAGUGGCUCUCCUUGGUAGAUGGAGGCACGGCUUCUUUAGCAUGGUUCCCGUUGGAGCGACUAAUGUUGGCUCAAUCGUGGUCAAUUUCGACAAGGAUCUUCGCACAAACGAAAGGCAAAAACGACCAGCUCCCGGUGUCUUCCGCGAAGCCGUCUAUACGCGCGCAUCUCCUCUUCUUGGUGGACAACCCCUCAAACCUGGUGUUGAGGUCGGUGGAUUCAAACUUGGAAGCACCAUUGUUUUAGUAUUCGAGGCUCCGAAAACGUUCCAGUUCUCGCUACAAGCUGGACAAAAGGUACGAGUGGGCCAGGCGAUGGGCGAUGUCGCCCCACUACCCGCCGCGCAUUGA